AUGCCAAGCAAACAAUUGACAAAGCUCAAGUUUCACUCUGGUAGCAAGUCCCUGGAUGCAGAUUACUGGUUGGACAACUUUUUCACAGAAAAUGCCAGCUUGCAAUAUGCCAACAACCCCGUCAUAUCUGGGCAAAGCGUCCGGCAGAUGUUUAAGGAAGUGUUCAAAAAGCUUGAUUUAAUGACACACGAGGUACUCUAUUUCGAUUUCGUUGGAGAUCGGAUAUACCAAUCAGCUAAGAUUAGGUACCUCGUGAAAGGAGACAACCCCGACCGAGAUGUGAUUGAAAUCCCGGGGUUCGCGGUAUUCAAUGUGGAACAUGACGAAGACGGGAAACUCCGGUGCUACAAGGCCGAGACGUUUCUGGAUCCUUCACCCGUCUUCCAACGAAUUGCGGAAAAGGGCCUAUGA